AUGAAAGCUGAUUGGCAACAGCGACAAGUGAGUUUGCCACAGAAUUGCACCCACCCCUUUGACCUUCUAGCUGAUGGCAGGCACAACUCCAUCGGCAAGAUUUUGUUCCAGACUGUUUCCCCCACCCUCACUUCACUCUUAAGCCAGACCCGCUGGCCCUCCGCUUGCUUGCAGGCCGGCUGGCCACAUCGGCCUGUGCCCAAGCUCCAGGCCGCCCUUCGCAACAGCUAUCUGGUGUCGUCUCUCCACGUGCGGGUCACUACCCCUGGUGCCAAAUCCUCCCCAGAUGAAGAGACCCUGGUGGGCAUCGCUCGCGCGACCUCCGACUACUCCUUCAACGCCACCAUCUGGGACGUCAUCGUGGACCCCGAGUACCAGGGGCAGGGCCUGGGGAAGGCACUCGUGGAGAACAUGGUGAGGACGCUGCUGCGGCGAGAGAUCCUGAACAUCACCCUGUUCGCGGAUGCGGGGGUGGUGGACUUCUACAGGACGCUGGGAUUUGAGACAGAUCCAGAGGGGAUCAAGGGGAUGUUUUGGUACCCCCCUGGGUUCAGGUAG